UCUCAUGUAUGUAACAUUGUGUAUCACUCAAGGACGUGACAUUGUGUCUCACGUCGGGGUCCAUGUCGCUGUCAGGGGCCUCUUCCUUCCCAGGCCCCAGCACCCAGCCUGAGUGCCAACCACCCCAAGUGUCUUGUGUUUGUGUGUUGUGUCGGAGGAUAUGUCCCGCUCCCCGGAUGCUGGUGUUGUGUGGGUGGUGGUAGGCCUCAGUGUCAGUGGUAUCAGUGAGUGGUGACAUCUGGUGUUUUAUGGGACACGUGGAAGGUUGUGGUGUGUUGGGAAACAUUGUUUGUGGAAGGUUGGGUGUGUUGGGAAACAUUGUGUCUAUGCAUUUUGUGUUGCUGUGUGCUGGUGUAUUACUCCGUGCAUGUUGUCUGUGUGGCCACGCAUGUUGGAAUAUAACAUGUGCUGGGAUGUGUGGCAGUAUUGUCUGUGAUGUUUGGGUGUGGCUCAUGGGUCAAAGGUGAUGGUGUAUGUUGCAUUUGUUUUUUUGUUUUUGUUUGUUUUAGAGACAGGAUCUUGCUAUGUUGCCCAGGCUGGUCUCAAACACCUGGGCUCCAGCGAUCCUCCCACCUCAGCCUCCCAAACUGCUAGGAUUACAGACAUGAGCCACCGCACCCAGCCGUAUGUUGCAUUUGGGCACUGGGGUCUAUAAAGGUCCAACCCCAUCCCCCUCCCCUGGGGCAUCAUCCUGGGUCGAGUCCUGUGUGACCAGAAUAUACCAGAAUCAUCUUGCUUCAGGCAUGUGCUGCUUGGGUUUCUCCGUGUGUCUCUGUACCUUGUAGGUCUCCACACGCAUCCACUCAGCGUGUCCUCUGACCAUACAUUGGAAUCGCAUCACACACCGGAGCACGCUGGAUCAGUGUGUGUUUUGAAUCAUAACCGUGAGCACUUGUGUUCGAGUCAACAGGUGCCACAAUGUUUGUGCAUUUCUCUAGAUGCUGGGUGAUUGGAGGCUGCUAUAGGUAUGUCCCUAAAUGUUGUGUGUCUGCACAUAUCGGGUUUCAUUCCAAGGGUGUGUAGUGUUUAGGAAACUGGGACUGCACCGUGUUUCUGUAGAUGUGUGGUGUGUGGCGUCAGGGUGUCAGUAUUUUAAUAUGUAUUAUGUGUUUGUGUAACACCUGAUGUAUGUUGUGUUUGUGUGGCCACAGAUGUGCAUCAUCCCAUUUGUGGUGUUUGAGUGAGGCUCUUUGUGUCGGAGAAAGUUGUGACAACUUUGAGUGUAAUAUUUGUGCCUGUGUGUGGACGGUGUUUGUGUGGCUGUGUGUGCCACGGGACGCUGCCUGCUUGCUAAGUGCUGGUGUGUGUCACACCAUGUGUGUGGUGUCUGGGUGUGGCUGUGGGUUUCAGAGCUUGCUGGGAGUUGUGAGUCACUCUGUGUAGGUUGUGGUGUGUGCCCUGGUGUGUGAGUCUCUGUCUUGGGCCGUGGAGUGUCCUUCGGUGUCUGGGUGUGGUGAGUGGAGGUGUGUGUCACAAGGUACAGACCAUUGUGUGUGACAAAGCCCGUCGUGUGUCGGUGUGUGUCUUUACCCACGUGGAUGGACGUCUCUUUCUUGCUCUGCCCCAAGACAUACCCUAGCCCCUCCUUAUUCUCAAAAGGGGGAGCUGGGGAGCCUCCCCCUACCCUGGGGCCUCCCCUGCCCCUCCCCGCCCUGCCUGGCCGCCACCACUCCCCAGAGGGCACAGGGCUCUGCUGUGCCUCAGAGCAAAAGUCCCAGAGCCAGCAGAGCAGGCUGACGACCUGCAAGCCACAGUGGCUGCCCUGUGCGUGCUGCGAGGUGGGGGACCCUGGGCAGGAAGCUGGCUGAGCCCCAAGACCCCGGGGGCCAUGGGCGGGGAUCUGGUGCUUGGCCUGGGGGCCCUGAGACUCCGAAAGCGCUUGUUGGAGCAGGAGAAGUCUCUGGCCGGCUGGGCGCUGGUGCUGGCGGGAACUGGCAUCGGACUCAUGGUGCUGCAUGCAGAGAUGCUGUGGUUCGGGGGGUGCUCGUGGGCGCUCUACCUGUUCCUGGUUAAAUGCAUGAUCAGCAUUUCCACCUUCUUACUCCUCUGCCUCAUCGUGGCCUUUCACGCCAAAGAGGUCCAGCUGUUCAUGACCGACAACGGGCUGCGGGACUGGCGCGUGGCGCUGACCGGGCGGCAGGCGGCGCAGAUCGUGCUGGAGCUGGUGGUGUGCGGGCUGCACCCGGCGCCCAUGCGGGGCCCGCCGUGCGCGCAGGAUUUAGGGGCGCCGCUGACCUCCCCGCAGCCCUGGCCGGGAUUCCUGGGCCAAGGGGAAGCGCUGCUGUCCCUGGCCAUGCUGCUGCGUCUCUACCUGGUGCCCCGCGCCGUGCUCCUGCGCAGCGGCGUCCUGCUCAACGCUUCCUACCGCAGCAUCGGCGCUCUCAAUCAAGUCCGCUUCCGCCACUGGUUCGUGGCCAAGCUUUACAUGAACACGCACCCCGGCCGCCUGCUGCUCGGCCUCACGCUUGGCCUCUGGCUGACCACCGCCUGGGUGCUGUCCGUGGCCGAGAGGCAGGCUGUGAAUGCCACCGGGCACCUUUCAGACACACUUUGGCUGAUCCCCAUCACAUUCCUGACCAUUGGCUACGGUGACGUGGUACCGGGCACCAUGUGGGGCAAGAUCGUCUGCCUGUGCACUGGAGUCAUGGGGGUCUGCUGCACAGCCCUGCUGGUGGCCGUGGUGGCCCGGAAGCUGGAGUUUAACAAGGCAGAAAAGCACGUGCACAAUUUCAUGAUGGAUAUCCAGUAUACCAAAGAGGACCCAAGAGUCCCAGCCCAAGCCCUGCCUUCCCAGAACCGUAAGGUCUCUCUCCAUGGACACUGUGCCACCCACCCCCAGAUGAAGGAGUCCGCUGCCCGAGUGCUACAAGAAGCCUGGAUGUUCUACAAACAUACUCGCAGGAAGGAGUCUCGAGCUGCCCGCAGGCAUCAGCGCAGGCUGCUGGCUGCCAUCAACGCGUUCCGCCAGGUGCGGCUAAAGCACCGGAAGCUCCGGGAACAAGUGAACUCCAUGGUGGACAUCUCCAAGAUGCACAUGAUCCUGUAUGACCUGCAGCAGAAUCUGAGCAGCUCACACCGGGCCCUAGAGAAGCAGAUUGACACACUGGCAGGGAAGCUGGACGCCCUGACUGAGCUGCUUAGCACUGCCCUGGGGCCGAGGCAGCUUCCAGAACCCAGCCAGCAGUCCACAUAGCUGUCUCUCCGUCUCUCCAGGACCCACGGAGGAACCAGGCUACUUUCCCCAGACUGAGGUGAUGCACAUCGUCUCUGCCACUCCUGCCCCGGCCCUGAACAAAGCACCUCAAGUGCAAGGACCAAAGGGGGCCCUGGCUUGGAGUGGGUUGGCUUGCUGACGGCUGCUGGAGAGGACACUGGCUAAAGUGGGAAGGCCUUGGCCCACCUGAGGCCCCAGGUGGGAACAUGGUCACCCCCACUCUGCAUACCCUCAUCAAAAACACUCUCACUAUGCUGCUAUGGACGACCUCCAGCUCUCAGUUACAAGUGGAGGCGCCUGGAGGCCGGACUCCUGGGUCCCUGUGGGAGAGGGUACUAGGGGCCCGGAUCCAGGAUUCUGGGAGGCUUCAGUUACCGCUGGCCGAGCUGAAGAACUGGGUAUGAGGCUGGGGCGGGUAGGAGGUGGCGCCCCCUGGUGGGACAACAAAGAGGACACCAUUUUUCCAGAGCUGCAGAGAGCACUUGGUGGGGAGGAAGAAGUGUAACUCACCAGCCUCUGCUCUGAUCUUUGUAAUAAAUGUUAAAGCCAGAA